AUGUCAGAGCUGGGCUUUGACUUUUCUCUGCUUUCCUCUUGUGCAGUGACGGAGAGCCGGGGAGUCAUGGAUAGCCUGCACAGGUUCUCCUCGCUCCCGGCUUAUCUCCCCGCCAGCUUCCACAUCGAAAGUGCACAGGAGUCCUUCUUCCUUAAAGAGGCCAACCAGGACCUCACGAGGAACUCCAGUCUGCAGGCCCGGGCUGAGCCUUUCUUCAUCUACCGCACCAGGACUCCCCCUCUCAUCAACGCCAGCUACGGCCCCUUUGCAGUGGAGAAGACAGUCCCCCAGGAGCUCAUGUUGACGUCCACACCCUUUGGAAACGUGGAGAACUUUCCCUUCAACUGGAAGCUGAAAUCCCACAUCCUUGACAGCUCUAUCUACUCCAACAGACCCAAAGUACAGACCCUGUUUUACAUUUCGGGGAUGGACUGGGAUGCCAGUGAACCUUCCCACAGCCUGCCCUGCGUCAAGAUGUUUGCUUUUCCCGAGGCCAGGGAAGUGGCGGCCAGCUGCCGGCUGCAGGGGGCUCCGGGGCUGUGCGUGGCCGAGCUGGAGCUGCUGCCCGAGUGGUUCAGCUCUGGCCUGGACCUGGAGCCAGAGGAGGAGAUCCCGGCCCUGCUGGGCGGCACGGCCAUGGAGCUCUUCUUCACGCUCUACCCAGCUGACGAGGCGGGGGAGUGCCCUCUGGAAGAGGACGGCAAGUGGGAGAACAACAUACACUCGGGCCAGGGUGGCCCCCAGCCGGCACUCCCCGCCCGGGAGAGGAUUGGGAGCGUCGUGGUCUACCCAACCCAAGACGACCUGAGGUGGUCACUGGUGAACCUGGACGAGAACGUAGUCAUCUCAGUGCCUCUGAACCUCGUCCGCGAAGGGGACACGGCCACCUUUCUGGUCUCUCUGACUAGUGGCUCUGUGGCAGACCACUUCACUCUCAGAAUUAGGGCUGCCACAGGAGUAAAGAUAACAGCGGUGAGAGUCAGCAGUGAGGACCAGUGGGCCGUCCAGGAGGACAUAGAAAACGGCAGCGAGCAGACCACGGCCACCCUCACCUGCGUGGGCCACCCCUCGGAUAUGCAGAGCAGGGCCAAUGGCUCCUUCUAUGAGAUCUUGCAAGUGGACUUUGGAGUCGACAACAGCAGUGGCCUGGCCGGGGCCCAGCAGAUCACCUGGCAGGUGGAGUACCCGGUGGAGGACUCCACGAGUGAGCUGGUUGUCUCUGAAAUCUUCAUCAGCCAGACCACCUUUGUGGGUAUCGUCCCUCUCGCAAUGGACACGGAGGUUUUGAACACAGCAAUUCUCACUGGAAAGGCGGUGUCAGUGCCCGUCAGAGUCGUGGGCGUUCAAGAGGAUGGUUCUGUGGUUGACGUGUCGGACUCUGUGGAAUGCAAGUCGGCUGAUGAAGACGUCAUCAAGGUUUCCAACAACUGUGAUUCCGUUUUUGUGAAUGGGAAGGAGAUGAAGAGCAGAGUAGACACAAUUGUGAACUUCACCCACCAGCACUUCACCUCCCAGUUAGAAGUCACCAUCUGGGUGCCCAGACUCCCUCUGCAGAUUGAGAUCUCAGACACAGAACUGAGCCAGAUCAAAGGCUGGAGGAUCCCAGUGGCCCCCAACAGAAGGCCCACUAGGGAGAGCGACGAUGAGGAAGAUGAGGAGAAGAAAGUCAGAGGGUGCUCCCUCCAGUACCAGCACGCCACGGUCCGGGUCCUGACCCAGUUUGUGGCAGAGUCUCCAGAGUUGGGUCAGCUCACCUACAUGCUGGGCCCUGACUGGCAGUUUGACAUCACAGACCUUGUUACCGAUUUCAUGAAGGUGGAGGAGCCAAAAAUUGCGAAGUUACAGGAUGGUAGGAUCCUGGUUGGUCGGGAGCCAGGAAUAACCACCGUGCAGGUCCUCUCGCCUCUCUCUGACUCCAUCCUGGCUGAGAAGACAGUGAUCGUCCUGGAUGACCGUGUCACCAUUGCAGACCUGGGUGUGCAGCUGGUGGCUGGCCUAUCCCUCUCCCUGCAGCCUCACAGAGCAGACAGAAGAGCCAUCGUCUCAACAGUGGCUGCCCGGGAUGUUCUUCAAGCCCCACAACAGGAAGCAAUACUCAGUUCUUGGAUUUUGUUCAGUGAUGGUUCGGUGACACCUUUAGACAUUUAUGAUCCGAAGGAUUUUUCAGUUACUGUCUCAUCAUUGGAUGAAAUGGUUGUGUCUGUCCAGCCAGACCUUCAGUCCAAGUGGCCAGCUGUAGUUGCAGAGGGUGAAGGCCAAGGGCCCUUGAUUAAGUUAGAAAUGAUGAUAAGUGAACCUUGUCAGAAGACCAAGAGAAAGAGUGUUCUCGCCGUGGGUAAAGGAAAUGUCGUGGUCAAAUUUGAACCAAAUAUUGAUGAACACCAAGGAGGCACCAAUGAUAUUGAGGGCAUAAAUCGGGAAUAUAAAGACCACCUCAGUAAUUCCAUAGAGCGUGAAGGAAACCAGGAGAGAGCAGUUCAGGAGUGGUUCCAACAUGGCGCAUCUGUUGGCCAAGAGGAGGGCACCAACAAAAGCACAACCCAGCAGUCUCCCAUGGAAGGAAAGGAUAAGAAGUUACUCAAGAGUGGUGGUCCGGAUGCCUUCACCAGCUUCCCCACUCAAGGGAAGUUACCAGAACCCAACAAUCCCAGUGACCUUACAGUGACCUCAAGGGGGCUAACUGACCUGGAGAUUGGCAUGUACGCCCUGCUCUGUGUCUUCUGUCUGGCCAUUUUGGUCUUCUUAAUCAACUGUGUGGCUUUUGCUUGGAAAUACAGACACAAAAGGUUUGCUGUGAGCGAGCAAGGCAACAUCCCCCACUCCCAUGACUGGGUCUGGCUUGGGAAUGAAGUGGAACUUUUGGAGAACCCCGUUGACAUCACACUCCCGUCGGAGGAGUGCACGACCAUGAAAGACAGAGGGCUGCAGUUCGAGGAGAGGAACCUCCUUCUGAACGGCAGUUCCCAGAAGACUUUCCAUAGCCAACUGCUCAGACCUUCUGACUAUGUCUAUGAGAAAGAAAUGCAAAAUGAACCUAUCAGUUCUUCAGGCCCAAAGAGGAAGCGAGUCAAGUUUACUUCCUACACCACCAUUCUCCCCGAGGAUGGCGGCCCGUACACCAACUCCAUCCUGUUUGACAGUGAUGACAACAUUAAGUGGGUCUGCCAAGAUAUGGGGCUGGGGGACUCCCAGGACUUUAGAGACUACAUGGAAAGACUGCAAGACCAGAUGUGAACUCCUUUCUUAUGUUUGUAUUCACCUUUAUGCCUUCUGUUUUCUGAGUGGUGGAGAAGUGAGUUUGAUCAGCAAUAGGGGAUGAUUUAACAAAGCUUCGUUUGUGGCGGUCUGGUGGGAUCCCUUUCCAAGCAAGUAACAGAGGUCAGGAGAUCUAAUGCAUCUGGGUUAUAAGUCGGGAAAUGCCUGUAAAACAGCCCACAUGUAGGUACUGGGGGAAAUUCUAAGACAACCAUUUUAUAUCCUGCCUGGUACUAACUCAGUGCAAAUACAGUAAACCUGACCCCACAGACAGACAGACAUUGUUAGUCAUCUCAUGACAAACAGCCGUUUGGAAUUAGAAAAGAUUUGGGUGUUGAUUUUUCUAUUCCUAGACCUUUUAAAGCACAGUGGACAUUUCUUGCCCUCGACCUGAGAUUAGACCUUUGUGAAAGAUAACUGAAUGUAGCUCUCCUUAUUUGUUACGAGCGCUGCUCAUUAUUUUUAUAUACAUUUGCGUCUGCACCUGGUUCCUUUGACCUGUGGAAUUUUUUGAAACAUGAAGAGAAGAAAUUUCAGUGUUUCCUUUGAGAUCUGUUUGGUUUACCUCUGAGUUUUAUUCACUGGGAUUUGCCAUGUCAUGUUACUUCCUGGGUGUUCGUACAGAACGUCAGCUUUUCUCUAGUUUUCCACAUUUCACUGUACAGGUACAGUAGCUACGAAGCUUAUCCUCACUGUGUGAUUCCUUCUUUUCCUGGUUGAACUUUCUUGUGUCAGACACGGACAAGGGGUUUUACUUAAAAUGUUAAUAUACUGCAAGAGAGGGCCAUCUCUUUACAAUUUUCUACAUGAAGCUUGAAAAUUUUGGAGAAAAGCUGUGAAUCACAAACAGUUUUAUUUUUAUCCUCUGCUUGUUGGAAAUGCACGGGGAACUCCUGGAGUAUCAUUUCUAAAGGCAAAAAGCCUCAAAAUAGCUGUAUUUAUACAAGUGCUUUGUGGUCAACACAACUUAUUAUCCGAACUUGAAUCUAAGAGUAGAGUUGGUAUACACAGAAAGGAAAUUGCUUAGGAAAAUAGCUGCAGAUAAAACUUUCCAUUUUACCAGAAGAAAAAGAAAAAGUAAGUAGAAUGAUGUUUCAACUUAACGGUAUAUAGAAAUGCACCUAUACAAUGAGCAAAAAAAAAAAAUUCCUCCAUCAUGAUUCUGGCAGAAAUAAAACUUUCACAGGGUGUGUGCACUUAUGGCCGAAAGCAAUGGGUUUCUAAGAAAAAAUUCAUAAAAAGAAACAACUGUUCCAGGGCACAAGAAGCAGUUGUUACGAAAAAUGACAGUGAUUGGAAAUCAAAGUGACAGGAGAGACAAGAAGACAACACCUUUAUUGAUUAAGAUAGGAUAGCUAGAAAAAUAGAAAGUGGACCAAAAUUCCUCAUGGUGGGCUUUCUUGAGCAGUUUUCAUCUCUAAGAAAUAAGAUUUUAA